AUGCCCAGAGGAACAGAGUCCGGAGGAGACUCACCGGCCGAACUCGACUUUACGGAGCUGGACGAGUUGUUCAUCAUGACCCGUGAAGCCGAAAGGGGCGACGUCGGCGCCAUGGCCAACAUCUUCAUCAAAUCGUUCAAAGACGACAAGACCGCUCAGCUCCUGUACCCCCACGACGAAAUCUGGCCCGUGGUCGUUGAGAUGCUGAGGAACUACCUGGACGACGACUACACCCACGUCAUAGUAGCCGAGGACAGAUACACCGACACGACGGUCGGAUGGACGUCGGUAAGCCUCGUGGCCUCGGAUCAAGAGGACCACUUCAAGUUCUGCGAUUCGACCGUCUGGGCCGGUCGCCGGUUGCUACACUUGGGAAGAAGCGAAGGCCCACUGCACGUGGACGAGGUGAGGCGGGCUGGUCUGAUCACGCAACUUAGCAGAAGGAACCGCGAUGGUCAAAAAAGAGAGAUUGAUGGACAACACCUGGUCAUCAACACCUUCGCCAUCCAUCCGGAUGUAUUUGAAGAAGAGAUUCCAGAGAUCGCCUACAAAUUGAUGGAUGAUACCAGGGACCUCGCGAAGGGAGAGGGUCUGCCCCUUUGGGCGCAAUUGCCCCAGAAUUCCCUGGGCAACCUGGAAGAACUCUUCCAAGAAAUUGGCUUCGCCGAAGUGGGUUCCUUCGAGUUGAACCUCACCGGGUACACCAACGAAGAACAUCGGAGGAGAAGGAGGAAUUGGGGGUGGCAGAAGUGGACGCAGUGGGUAUUGAAAAUCGGAAACUGGGAAUGCGGACGACGGUACUAG